CAAUUCAAUGUCAUGGUCGUUGGCUUUGCUGGUGUCGGCAAGACCGCAUUUAUCAAGACCCUCCUCGAGGCACUUAAGCUUGAUAGCCCUAAAGAGAGACAUACAUUGUUUGACCCUCCGGUCCUCCAAGGGCCCUUAACAAAGACUGCAGCACCUUAUACUGUUUCUGUUGAUCUUGAUAUCGAUGGUGAGAAGGUAGCCCUGACACUCAUAGACACUCCAGGAUUCCAGGCGAGUUUUCUUGCUGACAAACAGUUGCACGAUAUUCUCGGCUACAUUGAGCACCAAUUUGAUCUGACCCUUGCCGAGGAAUCCAAAGUGAAGCGUAAUCCAAAGGCAGUUGAUACCCAGGUCCAUGCCUGCCUCUACUUCCUCGAUCCUACCAAAUCUGUAUUGGAUGAGUAUGAUAUCCGGAUCCUAACACGACUUUCACGACGUGUAAAUGUGAUCCCGGUUCUCGGCAAGGCUGACACGCUCACAAAGGCUCAGAGAGACAGAAUGAAGCCUGCGAUCAUGCAGAGUGUUUAUAAUGCUGUGAACAAGAUACCCAUCUAUGGUAUGCCAGAAGAAGAUGAAGAGGAUGAGGACGAAGAGAAAGACAAGACGGCUGAUGAGGACACACGCAUUCUCAUUGAUUAUAUCCACAUGUUACCCUUUACCAUGAUCGCCUACGAAGAUGAUCCUCAGACUGGAAAGCCUAUUGCAAUUGAAGGAACACCCAUUGGACGUGAUUAUGGCUGGGGUACAAUCGAUUGUAUGAGUCCAACUUUUAGCGACUUUAAUGACCUGAAAUCCAUUCUUCUCGACACUCACCGCGGGUUCCUUAAGACAGCUACCAUUGAAGAUUAUUAUGAGCGGUACCGUACCGAACGUCUG